AUGCCGCAACAGAAAGAUAUUGUGAAGAUUGCCAUCCAGAUGCCAGGGGCAUACCCUCAGCUCAUUCAACUGGACCAGGUAAGCAUUAGCACACAGGAGAGGAGCCUGAGUCAGAGAGUUUAAAAAACCUACUGAACUAUCAAUGCCUGAGUGGAAAGUUACAACAGGAAUCAGCACUGCAGCCUGUGGGUUGUAUUAGAGCUGUGGUAUAUGUAGCAAGACUGAGCGUACAGUGGAUAUAAAAAGUCUACACACGCCUGUUAAAAUGCCAGGUUUUUGUGAUGUAAAAGAAUGAGACAAAGAUAAAUAAUGUCAGAACUUUUUCCAUCUUUAAUGUGACCUAUAACGUGAACAAUUCAAUUGAAAAACAAAUCUUUGAGGGGGAAAAAUAAAAAAUAAAAAACUCACAAUAACCUGGUUGCAUAAGUGUGCACACCCUUAAACUAAUACUUUGUUGAAGCACCUUUUGAUUUUAUUACAGCACUCAGUCUUUUUGGGUAGGAGUCUAUUAGCAUGGCACAUCUUGACGUGGCAAUAUUUGCCCACUCUUCUUUGCAAAAGCGCUCCAAAUCUGUCAGAUUGCGAGGACAUCUCCUGUGCACAACCCUCUUCAGAUCACCCCAGAGAUGUUCAAUUGGAUUCAGGUCUGGGCUCUGGCUGGGCCAUUCCAAAACAUUAAUCUUCUUCUGGUGAAGCCAUGCUUUUAUGGAUUUGGAUGUGUGCUUUGGGUCGUUGUCGUGCUGAAAGGUGAACUUCAUCUUCAGCUUUCUAACGGACGCCUGAAGGUUUUGUGCCAAAAUUGCCUGGUAUUUGGAACUGUUCAUAAUUCCCUCCACCCUGACUAAGGCCCCGGUUCCAGCUGAAGAAAAAUGCUUCACUGUGGGUAAGGUGUUCUUUGAGUGAUGUGCACUGUUGUUUUUGCGCCAAACAUACCUUUGGGAAUUAUGGCCAAAAAGUUCAACCUUGGUUUCAUCAGACCAUAACACAUUUUCCCACAUGCUUUUGGGGGACUUGAUGUUUGUUUUUGCAAACUUCAGCCGGGGUUGGAUGUUUUUCUUUGUAAGAAAAGGCUUCUGUCUUGCCACCCUACCCCAUAGCCCAUUCAUAUGAAGAAUACGGGAGAUUGUUGUCACAUGUAGCACACAGCCAGUACUUGCCAGAAAUUCCUGCAGUUCCUUUAAUGUUGCUGUAGGCCUCUUGGAAGCCUCCCUGACCAGUUUUCUUCUCGUCUUUUCAUAAAUGUUGGAGGGACGUCCAGUUCUUGGUAAUGUCUCUGUUGUGCCAUAUUUUCUCCACUUGAUGAUGACUGUCUUCACUGUGUUCCAUGAUAUAUGUAAUGCUUUGGAAAUUCUUUUGUACCCUUCUCCUGACUGAUAUCUUUUAUCAAUGAGAUCCCUCUGAUGCUUUGGAAGCGCUCUGCGGACCAUGCAACUAAGAAAAUGCUCUGAGAUGCAACUAAGAAAAUGUCAGGAAAAUCCUACUAGAACAGCUGAACUUUAUUUAUGAUUAAUCAGAGUCACUUUAAAUGAUGGCAGGUGUGUAAUGACUUCUAUUUAACACGAGUUUGAAUGUGAUUGGUUAAUUCUGAACACAGCCACAUCCCCAGUUAUAAGAGGGUGUGCACACUAAUGCAACCAGUUUAUUGAAAGGUUUUUAUUUUUCAUUUUUCCCUCUCAAAGAUUUCAGUUUGUUUUUCAAUUGAAUUGUUCACAUUAUAGGUCACAUUAACAGUGGAAAAAGUUCUGACAUGAUUGAUCUUUGUCUCAUUCUUUUACAUCACAAAAACCUGGCAUUUUAACAGGGGUGUGUAGACUUUUUAUAUCCACUGUAGAUGUGCGGGCACCAGUGUGUUCAGAGGUGUGAAGCAGCUGCUGCUAUAGAAAAAUGCCACACUUGUCAAUAGAGAAGUUAUUAUAGUAAAGUAGGGUGUUAAUGUGCUGGGUGUUUAUGAUGUCAAACUGUUAAUAGACCAAGGCCUUAGUUGAGUAAAAGGUGUUAGCUAGAUACGGGUGCCUGUGAAGUUGAUGUCAUGCAGGAUGUUGUCAGAGUUCUGGUAAGUUCAUUACACUCUCUGUAAAGAGAAAAUUGAUGUUUUGGCACAAAGUAUUUACGAAUGUAGAAUGUUAAUUUGAGCCAGUUUGCUACAGCAGGAAAAUAAUCCUGCAGCAACAGGAAAUGUUAAUUAUUAUGUGGAUAAUAAUUCAUGUACAUUUUUGUAUGAGUUGAUACAUUUUUCGUUAGAACAAAUCAAGUCUGAAAUUUUAGAAGUCUUUUUAAAACUUAAAAUACACUACAAGUUUGCAAUUCACAGCAAUAAAUAGUGCUGAGCGAUUAGUGCUGUUUUCGAUUAUUAUUUUUACAUUAAAUGCACUAUGCAUUAUUCGUUUUUUUUAUUAGGAUCCCCAUUAGCUGUUGCGAAAGCAGCAGUUACUCUUGCUGAGGUCCACACAAACAUGAAACAUGACCAUAAUACAGAACAUUAAUAGACAAGAACAGCUCAAGGACAGAACUACAUGCAUUUAAAAACGGCACACAUAGCCUAAAUACAUACACACAAAAUAUCUAGGUAGAAUAGGGGAGCGACGUAGUGCCGUGAGGUGUUGCUUUAUCUAUUUUUUUAAGCCAGCUUUGCUGUUCAUUUGAGCAAUAUGAGAUGGAAGGGAGUUCCAUGCAAUAAUGGCUCUAUAUAAAUACUGUAUGCUUUCUAGAAUUUGUUCUGGAUUUGGGGACUAUGAAAAGACCCCUGGUGGCAUGUCUGGUGGGGUAAAACGUGUAUUUCUCAAUAUAUAGACACAUCCUAUUGUAUUUUAAUAAAAUCAACUAUAUGCACUGAGCUUGUCUGGUGCUUUAAGCGCACUGUUUAAUGAAAUAAUUAAGACACACAAAUAGCACCCAUUGUCUUUCGCUCCUCCCUGCUGCAGCGACCACCACAGAGCAUCAACAGUGUUUAUCGUGCUGUCUGUGUUGCUGAAGUUGCAACAUAAUUACAGCCAUUUCUGACUGAAAAGUUCUGUUACUGAAAUCCCUAAUUUGUUUAGGAAAAACAUUCCCUAUUCCCUCAACCCUUGCCUUCUUUACGUGACACAUGUAUGCAUCGCAUGCACAUGACCAAUCAGGCCUGACUUAUAGAAUAUCAUAAUCACAUCAAUAAAUUGGUUAUAACAAACUCCGAACACCAUAACACGUGACAGCAAAAUGGAUGCAGAGGACGUGACAAAUCAACUCGAAACGGGGGAACGUUUACUGGUUGCUCAAGAGGUAAAGGGGAAGUCAGAUGUGUGGAAUAAAUUUGACUAGUUGUGGAAAAUACUGGAGAUCAAGAAAAAUAAGGUAAAGAUCAAAUGCUGUGUGCAUAUUAUGUGUGCAAAACAAGUGCUGUUAGAUUACAAGAAAACAUUUCUGACCAUUUAAACAAUGUAAACAACUCUAAAAACAUUAUAGGCAUACCAGAGAGUCUGUUGUAAAGUUUUUGUUUUUUUGUAAAGCCUUUUUACAGCAAAGACUAAAAACGGUCACAUUAAUUCGUGAUUUCCGAACGCAUUAUUUAUUGUUUACUCUAAUUAUUCAAGAUUCGCUUUGUUCUUUUAUUUAAAAACUAAAAUGCUUGAUUGCAUUUCAAAUCAUGAAUGCCCUGUAUGGUGUGUGAUGACAUGAACGAAUGAAUGAUUGAUUGAUACAGUAGCCUAUAUAAGUAUUGAAAUAGGCCUAAGUAAGUUAUGGUAAUAAGACUAAACAGGAUGCGCUCUUAGGCCUACAGCUCGAUGGUGGUUAUACGAGACUGCUAUACUAAGCCUACUAAUGAUAAUAACAUUACUUAUUAUUAUAAUGAUGAUCAUCAUAAUAAUAAUAAUAAUAAUAAUAAUAAUAAUAAUAAUAAUAAUAACGAUAAGGAGAUCAACAAAGGAUGGUUAUUAUUAUAAAUAUUAUUUUUCUGACAAUUUGCAACAGUGUAAACAACACUAAAUCAUUGUACGCUGAUGAUUCAUGUUUUCUUUUAAAUCCACAAUGUGGAUCCCCCCCACAGCCUCAUAGAGGAUCUAGAUACGUUUUCUAACCUCUCUGGAUUACAACCAAAUUAUGAUAAGUGUACUAUAUUACGUAUUGGAUCACUAAAAAAUAAAACUUUUACAUUACCGUGUAGUUUACCAAUAAAAUGGUCUGACGGUGAUGUGGACAUACUCGGUAUACAUAUCCCGAAAUAAAGAAAUUAUCUCACUACAAUACAUUUUAAUAGAAAGUUAGCAAAAAUAGAUCAAAUUUUGCUACCAUGGAAAGGAAAAUCAUCCUGAUUAACUCUUUAGUCAUAUCCCAGUUUCCUUAUUUGCUUAUGGCCCUGCCUACACCUAGCGACCUGUUUUUAAAAUUAUAUGAGCAAAAAAUAUUCCAUUUUAUUUGGAACGGCAAGCCAGACAAAAUUAAACGGGCCUAUUUAUAUAAUGAAUAUGAAUUCGGAGAGCAGAAAUAAUUAAAGCAUUAGACCGCUCACUAAAGGCGUCAGUCAUACAAAAGUUAUACUUAAAUCCGAACUGGUUCUCUAGCAGAUUAGUAAGAAUGUCUCACCCCAUGUUCAAGAAUGGCCUUUUUCCCUUUAUUCAGAUUUCAACCUCUCACAUUCGGUGAUUUGAAAAAGAAAUCAUCUCCCAAAUAUCGCUUUUUAAAACAAGCCAUAGAAAGUUAGUUGCAAUUUCAGUUUAAUCCACCAGAAAAGACAGAACAAAUAAUACAACAAAUAUUGUGGUUAAACUCAAAUAUACUAAUUGAUAUAAAAACAUUAUAAUCUUUGUAAAUUAUAUCAUAAAUAGGACUGGUGGAGUUAUGUCACACAUGCAGCUAACAAAAAUAUAUGGAAAUGUCUGCUCUACCCAAAAUUACAACAAAUUGCAAAAAUGAAAGAGGCAAGUGGAAGGGGGGAAAAGUAAGGAACUUGUCUGUCGGCCCUGCAUUAAAGACCAAAAUUGGUUAAAGAAAAUUGUGAUAAAUGAAAAAGUAUACGAGUUUCAUUUAAGGAAUGAAAAAUGGACAGCUGUGCCAUAUAGAUUGCAAAAUAGUUGGGAAGAGAUUUUCGAUGUACCGAUUCCAUGGCACAUGCUCUGCAGAUGUUGCUGCGAAGCGACAGAAUCAUUUGUUUUGGUACUGUCCAUAUGUAGCUUGUUUUUGGUUGCAGGUCGCAGGAAUUGCAACAUUUACCUGGAGCUAAUUUUGCAGAUAGCACUACUGGGUGAUUUGAAAAGUCAUAGUCAAUCGAUCAAUAAUAUAAUAAUACUUUUAGUACAAAUAUUUAUCUUUAAUUUACAAACCAUAGAAACUAUGAGAAUAGAAAGGUUCCAAACAUUUGUGAAACAUCACAGCACAGAAAUCCAAUAUGGAUGGGAGGGUUGAGUGGACCUGAAGGGUGGGACUAAUAACAACAUGAUAACUAAUGUAAAAUAUGCUGUGUCUGUAAAAUGUAUAUAGGUUCAGAACUUUUGUGAAACAGCACAGUUAAAAAUAUAUGGCAAAUAAAAAUCUAACUAGAUGGUCUUCAGAAAUACAGUGGGGAAAAAAGUAUUUAGUCAGCCACCAAUUGUGCAAGUUCUCCCACUUAAAAAGAUGAGAGAGGCCUGUAAUUUUCAUCAUAGAUACACGUCAACUAUGACAGACAAAUUGAGGAAAAAAAAUCCAGAAAAUCACAUUGUAGGAUUUUUAAUGAAUUUAUUUGCAAAUUAUGGUGGAAAAUAAGUAUUUGGUCACCUACAAACAAGCAAGAUUUCUGGCUCUCACAGACCUGUAACUUCUUCUUUAAGAGGCUCCUCUGUCCUCCACUCGUUACCUGUAUUAAUGGCACCUGUUUGAACUUGUUAUCAGUAUAAAAGACACCUGUCCACAACCUCAAACAGUCACACUCCAAACUCCACUAUGGCCAAGACCAAAGAGCUGUCAAAGGACACCAGAAACAAAAUUGUAGACCUGCACCAGGCUGGGAAGACUGAAUCUGCAAUAGGUAAGCAGCUUGGUUUGAAGAAAUCAACUGUGGGAGCAAUUAUUAGGAAAUGGAAGACAUACAAGACCACUGAUAAUCUCCCUCGAUCUGGGGCUCCACGCAAGAUCUCACCCCGUGGGGUCAAAAUGAUCACAAGAACGGUGAGCAAAAAUCCCAGAACCACACGGGGGGACCUAGUGAAUGACCUGCAGAGAGCUGGGACCAAACUAACAAAGCCUACCAUCAGUAACACACUACGCUGCCAGGGACUCAAAUCCUGCAGUGCCAGACGUGUCCCCCUGCUUAAGCCAGUACAUGUCCAGGCCCGUCUGAAGUUUGCUAGAGUGCAUUUGGAUGAUCCAGAAGAGGAUUGGGAGAAUGUCAUCUGGUCAGAUGAAACUAAAAUAGAACGUUUUGAUAAAAACUCAACUCGUCAUGUUUGGAGGACAAAGAAUGCUGAGUUGCAUCCAAAGAACACCAUACCUACUGUGAAGCAUGGGGGUGGAAACAUCAUGCUUUGGGGCUGUUUUUCUGCAAAGGGACCAGGACGACUGAUCCGUGUAAAGGAAAGAAUGAAUGGGGCCAUGUAUCGUGAGAUUUUGAGUGAAAACCUCCUUCCAUCAGCAAGGGCAUUGAAGAUGAAACGUGGCUGGGUCUUUCAGCAUGACAAUGAUCCCAAACACACCGCCCGGGCAACGAAGGAGUGGCUUCGUAAGAAGCAUUUCAAGGUCCUGGAGUGGCCUAGCCAGUCUCCAGAUCUCAACCCCAUAGAAAAUCUUUGGAGGGAGUUGAAAGUCCGUGUUGCCCAGCGACAGCCCCAAAACAUCACUGCUCUAGAGGAGAUCUGCAUGGAGGAAUGGGCCAAAAUACCAGCAACAGUGUGUGAAAACCUUGUGAAGACUUACAGAAAACGUUUGACCUGUGUCAUUGCCAACAAAGGGUAUAUAACAAAGUAUUGAGAAACUUUUGUUAUUGACCAAAUACUUAUUUUCCACCAUAAUUUGCAAAUAAAUUCAUUAAAAAUCCUACAAUGUGAUUUUCUGGAUUACGUUUCUUAUUUUGUCUGUCAUAGUUGACGUGUACCUAUGAUGAAAAUUACAGGCCUCUCUCAACUUUUUAAGUGGGAGAACUUGCACAAUUGGUGGCUGACUAAAUACUUUUUUUCCCCACUGUAUAUGGGAGGGGUUGAGGGUAGCGGAAGGAUAGGAGUAAAAAGAAACAAAAGAUAACUAUUGUAAAAUAGAUUGUGUCCGUAAAAUGUAUAUAAACUCAGCAAAAAAAGAAAUGUCCUCUCAUUGUCAACUGCAUUUAUUUUCAGCAAACUUAAUGUGUAAAUAUUUGUAUGAACAUAACAAGACUCAACAACUGAGACAUAAACUGAACAAGUUCCACAGACAUGUGACUAACGUAAAUUGAAUAAUGUGUCCCUGAACAAAGGGGGGAUCAAAAUCAAAAGUAACAGUCAGUAUCUGGUGUGGCCACCAGCUGCAUUAAGUACUGCAGCGCAUCUCCUCCUCAUGGACUGCACCAGAUUUGCCAGUUCUUGCUGUGAGAUGUUACCCCACUCUUCCACCAAGACACCUGCAAGUUCCCGGACAUUUCUGGGGGGAAUGCCCUAGCCCUCACCCUCCGAUCCAACAGGUCCCAGACGUGCUCAAUGGGAUUGAGAUCCGGGCUCUUCGCUGGCCAUGGCAGAACACUGACAUUCCUGUCUUGCAGGAAAUCACGCACAGAACGAGCAGUAUGGCUGGUGGCAUUGGCAUGCUGGAGGAUCAUGUCAGGAUGAGCCUGCAGGAAGGGUGCUGAUGUGGAAAAUUAUCACUAUACUUAUUAAAAAUCAAAGUUCUUCCAGAGUUUUUGUAGAAUCAAGAUAGACUUUAUUACACAGAGUAACGGAAGCCGAGAUGGUCUGCAGAGCACCUCCUCUCUACCUCUCAGCUCUCCGUUUAUAUAGUCAUAUUCACAUACAUCUUAGCUUAAAGCACCUCCCUCUUAGGUUCCCCCACCAUUAUCUUCAGUUUCCCACUCUCUACCGCUCUUCCCACUUCCUUAGUCUAUGAUAGCUGCUAAAUUGGACUUUUAGUAGUACAAUCAAUCCAGCCCUUAUCAUGCAAAAACACUCAUGUUCAGUUUAAACUCUGUUCAACACCUGCUCUCCCUGGCUUGACCUGAAGAUUGAUUGUUGGACAUGACAGGUCCACACUUAAUCUUUCAAACAUACCCAAACCCACUCCUCUCUUCCCUCCCAUCAUGCUGUAAUUACUCAUGAUUAAUCUAGACUCUGUUCAAUUCUGACGCCGCUCUCUCUCUACUUUGUUUGAGGAGAGAUGCAUUAGGCAACAGUCUGGUUUCAGUCUCUGACAAGGUAGGACAGCCAUGGAUUAGGUAAGAGCGAGCAAUUCGACCCUAGGUCAGAUCCCCACUUCACACACACGCCCAAGCCCAGUGAAAGGAACCAUUCAAGUUCUUGCCUAGCAACAGAGAAUCCUGACUAUAUGUUCGUAACGUCUGUGAUUUAGCUUUGUUUAUCCAAUAGUAUCUAAAAAAUCAUCAUCAGUACCACAUGAGGGAGGAGGAUGUCUUCCCUGUAACGCACAGCGUUGAGAUUGCCUGCAAUGACAAGAAGCUCAGUCCAAUGAUGCUGUGACACACCGCCCCAGACCAUGACGGACCCUCCACCUCCAAAUCGAUCCCGCUCCAGAGUAUAGGCCUCGAUGUAACGCUCAUUCCUUUGACGAUAAACACGAAUCCGACCAUCACCCCUGGUGAGACAAAACCGCGACUCGUAAGUGAAAAGCACUUUUUGCCAGUCCUGUCUGGUCCAGCGACUGUGGGUUUGUGCCCAUAGGCGACAUUGUUGCCGGUGAUGUCUGGUGAGGACCUGCCUUACAACAGGCUUACAAGCCCUCAGUCCAGCCUCUCUCAGCCUAUUGUGGACAGUCAGAGCACUGAUGGAGGGAUUGUGCGUUCCUGGUGUAACUCGGGCAGUUGUUGUUGUCAUCCUGUACCUGUCCCGCAGGUGUGAUGUUCGGAUAUACCGAUCCAGUGCAGGUGUUGUUACACAUGGUCUGCCACUGCGAGGACGAUCAGCUGUCCGUACUGUCUCCCUGUAGCGCUGUCUUAGGCAUCUCACAGUACGGACAUUGCAAUUUAUUGCCCUGGCCACAUCUGCAGUCCUCAUGCCUCCUUGCAGCAUGCCUAAGGCAUGUUUAUGCAGAUGAGCAGGGACCCUGGGCAUCUUUCUUUUGGUGUUUUUCAGAGUAAGUAGAAAGGCCUCUUUACUGUCCUAAGUUUUCAUAACUGUGACCUUAAUUGCCUACCGUCUGUAAGCUGUUAGUGUCUUAACAACCGUUCCACAGGUGCAUGUUCAUUAAUUAUGGUUCAUUGAACAAGCAUGCGAAACAGUGUUUAGACCCUUUACAAUGAAGAUCUGUGAAGUUAUUUGGAUUAUUACGAAUUAUCUUUGAAAGACAGGGUCCUAAAAAAGGGACAUUUCUUUUUUUGCUGAGUUUAGUAUGUAUAAGCUAGAAGUAGAAGCCUAAGUGUUGUUGUUUAUUAGUUUACUCCAAUUAGCGUUGUUAUGAGACUCGAAAUUGUGGUCAGGUGCAUCCUUUUUCCACUUGAUCAUCCUUGAGAUAUUUCUACAACUUGAUUGGAGUCCACCUGUGGUACAUUAAAUUGAUUGGACAUGAUUUGGAAAGGCACACACCUGUCUAUAUAAGGUCCCACAGUUGACAGUGCAUGUCAGAGCAAAAACCAAGCCAUUAAGGGUUGAAGGAAUUGUCCGUAGAGCUCCGAGACAGGAUUGUGUUGAGGCACAGAUCUGGGAAAUGGUACCAAAAAAUUUCUGCAGCAUUGAAGGUUCCCAAGAACACAGUGGCCUCCAUCAUUCUUAAAUGGAAGAAGUUUGGAACCACCAAGACUCUUCCUAGAUCUGGCCGCCCGGCCAAACUGAGCAAUCGGGGAAGAAGGGCCUUAGUCAGGGAGGUGACCAAGAACCCGAUGGUAAGUCUGACAGAGCUCCAGAGUUCCUCUGUGGAGAUGGGAAAACCUUCCAGAAGGACAACCGUCUGCAGGCCUUUAUGGUAGUGGCCGGACAGAAGCCACUCCUCAGUAAAAGGCACAUGACAGCCCACUUGGAGUUUGCCAAAAGGCACUUAAAGGACUCUGACCAUGAGAAACAAGAUUAUCUGGUCUGAUGAACCCAAGAUGGAACUCUUUGGCCUGAAUGCCAAGCGUCACGUCUGGAGAAAACCUGGCACCAUCCCUACGGUGAAGCAUGGUGGUGGCAGCAUCAUGCUGUGGGGAGGUUUUUCAGCUGCAGUGACUGGGAGACUAGUCAGGAUCGAGGGAAAGACAAACGGAGCAAAGUACAGAGAGAUCCUUGAUCCAGAGGGCUCAGGACGUCAGAGUGGGGCGAAGGUUCACCUUCCAACAGGAUAACGACCUUAAGCACACAGCCAAGACAACGCAGGAGUGGCUUCGGGACAAGUCUCUGAAUGUCCUUGAGAGGCCCAGCCAGAGCCCGGACUAGAACCCUUUCGAACACCUCUGGAGAGACCUGAAAAUAGCUGUGCAGUGACACUCCCCUCCAACCUGACCGAGCUUGAGAGGAUCUGCAGAGAAGAAUGGGAGAAACUCCCCAAAUACAAGUGUGCCAAGCUUGUAGCGUCAUACCCAAGAGGACUCGAGGCUGUAAUCGUUGCCAAAGGUGCUUCAACAAAGUACUGAGUAAAGGGUCUGAAUACUUGUAUAGAUAUGAUAUUCCAGUUGUUUAUAUUUAAUACAUUUGCAAAAAAAACUGUUUUUGCUUAGUCAUUAUGGGCAUUGAUGAGGGGAAAAAAACAAUUUAAUCAAUUUAAAAUAAGGCUGUAACGUAACAAUUUGUAGGAAAAGUCAAGGGUUCUGAAUACUUUCCGAAUGCACUGUAUAUACAGUGGGGAGAACAAGUAUUUGAUACACUGCCGAUUUUGCAGGUUUUCCUACUUACAAAGCAUGUAGAAUUUUUAUCAUAGGUACACUUCAACUGUGAGAGAUGGAAUCUAAAACAAAAAUCCAGAAAAUCACAUUGUAUGAUUUUUAAGUAAUGAAUUUGCAUUUUAUUGCAUGACAUAAGUAUUUGAUACAUCAGAAAAGCAGAACUUAAUAUUUGGUACAGAAACCUUUGUUUGCAAUUACAGAGAUCAUACGUUUCCUGUAGGUCUUGACCAGGUUUGCACACACUGUAGCAGGGAUUUUGGCCCACUCCUCCAUACAGACCUUCUCCAGAUCCUUCAGGUUUCGGGGCUGUCGCUGGGCAAUACGGACUUUCAGCUCCCUCCAAAGAUUUUCUAUUGGGUUCAGGUCUGGAGACUAGCUAGGCCACUCCAGGACCUUGAGAUGCUUCUUACGGAGCCACUCCUUAGUUGCCCUGGCUGUGUGUUUCGGGUCAUUGUCAUGCUGGAAGACCCAGCCACGACCCAUCUUCAAUGCUCUUACUGAGGGAAGGAGGUUCUUGGCCAAGAUCUCGCGAUACAUGGCCCCAUCCAUCCUCCCCUCAAUACGGUGCAGUCGUCCUGUCCCCUUUGCAGAAAAGCAUCCCCAAAGAAUGAUGUUUCCACCUCCAUGCUUCACAGUUGAGAUGGUGUUCUUGGGGUUGUACUCAUCCUUCUUCUUCCUCCAAACAUGGCGAGUGGAGUUUAGACCAAAAAGCUCUAUUUUUGUCUCAUCAGACCACAUUACCUUCUCCCAUUCCUCCUCUGGAUCAUUCAGAUGAUCAUUGGCAAACUUCAGACGGGCCUGGACAUGUGCUGGCUUGAGCAGGGGGACCUUGCGUGUGCUGCAGGAUUUUAAUCCAUGACGGCAUAGUGUGUUACUAAUGGUUUUCUUUGAGACUGUGGUCCCAGCUCUUUUCAGGUGAUUGACCAGGUCCUGCCAUGUAGUUCUGGGCUGAUCCCUCACCUUCCUCAUGAUCAUUGAUGCCCCACCAGGUGAGAUCUUGCAUGGAGCCCCAGACCGAGGGUGAUUGACCGUCAUCUUGACCUUCUUCCAUUUUCUAAUAAUUGCGCCAACAGUUGUUACCUUCUCACCAAGCUGCUUGCCUAUUGUCCUGUAGCCCAUCCCAGCCUUGUGCAGGUCUACAAUUGUAUCCCUGAUGUCCUUACACAGCUCUCUGGUCUUGGUCAUUGUGGAGAGGUUGGAGUCUGUUUGAUUGAGUGUGUGGACAGGUGUCUUUUUAUACAGGUAACAAGUUCAAACAGGUGCAGUUAAUACAGGUAAUGAGUGGAGAACAGGAGGGCUUCUUAAAGAAAAACGAACAGGUCUGUGAGAGCCGGAAUUCUUACUGGUUGGUAGGUGAUCAAAUAUUUAUGUCAUGCAAUAAAAUGCAAAUUAAUUACUUAAAAAUCAUACAAUGUGAUUUUCUGGAUUUUUAUUUAAGAUUCCGUCUCUCACGGUUGAAGUGUACCUAUGAUACAAAUUACAGACCUCUACAUGCUUUGUAAGUAGGAAAACCUGCAAAAUCGGCAGUGUAUCAAAUACUUGUUCUCCCCACUGUAUAUAAACACCUACCCCAUAUGCAUUGCUGUGUCUUCUAUCGAUGUUAACCCUUGUAUUGCUACUGCUGUAUCAUCAAAGGAAUGAUCUAAGUGAGUCUCAGAAAUGGCUAAUAUAUUAAUGUUAUCUGAUGUUAGCAAGUUAUUGAUUUCAUUAACCUUAUUUAUAAGGCUACAUAUAUUAAUAUUGGCUAUUUUCAGUCCUUUCCUGGGUAGCUUCUCAGAGAUAGACAUAAUAUGUAAAAGAACAAAGAAAGGAAGAGAAAAAAAACUAAAACAUUCAGCAGUCCAUUAAUCAGUUGAUGUGUGUAAGUGUGUGUGUUUGCUGUUGGGUUGAAACUAUGAACCCAUAGGUUUGGGUCUCUCAUCCCUUCCAGGCUUUUGGUAGGGAUUGUGGACAAUGUGCCUGUCAUAGCGGAUGUAAGCAAUGUCCCCACGCGCUCUGGUAGCUUUCAUGGCCGGGAAAAGUUAUUUUCUCUUCUGGCGCACAGCUUCAGGAUAGUCCUCGUUGAGGAAGAUGUACAUUCCUCUCAAGUUCUUGGCUUUUUCCAGAACAGCUACCUUGUCCUUGAACCUCAGGAACUUGACCACUAUCGGCUUGGGCCUGUCACCUGGGCCGGUGGAGGAUUUUCCAAUCCUGUGGGCGCACGCCACCUCAAUCUUCCUGUGGUCCAUCUUAAAUUUCUUAGAGAUCAUUUCCUUCACUUUAUCCUCAGACUCCGUCCAGGUCUCAUGUGGAGAUUUUACAAUUCUGUCCACAAUAAUGUAGUUCCGCCUUGAUUUUCCCUCGAGAUAAUCAGAUUUCUCCGUCAUUGUUAUCAUGGAUUGAAUGGUGUAACAACACUGAAUAAAACAAUUAAUAAAAGUCCCAUGAUGGUAGUGACUGCCCAUUACUGCUUAUCACUUAUUAACCAUAAUUUAUUUACAAUUCACAUUGCUUUACUUUAAUAAAUAUUUGUUUUAUUUGAUGACUUUAUUUAAUUCCAAGUCAUCAUCUUAUCUCUAUAGAGCUUCUGCCUAUGCUGUCUGACAAAAUCACUAUUUUAUUAGUUCUUCAAAUUAAAUAAGGCAUACUUUUAUGACUGCUUAGAGCGUGUAUUUUCAGGCUCAUGAAGCAACUGCUUUCUAUCCCUCUGUCUCCGUGUCUUGUUCCGCACAGACAGGACAAGUUUAAGCGGGCACACAAUGGAUUAUGGUCAUUGUAGUUAAUUACCACGUCUGCGCUAAACUAUGUAAAAUAUUGGCCUGUUGGAAAUUACAACUCCCUACUACAUCUCACAUUUCAGGGUUGAUCUGAUUUAUCUCUACAGAAACUGCACAUCGAGUUCACAGAAUAUAUAUAUUUUUUUCUUUAUGGAAUUCAACUAAUUGAACCAACGUCGGUCAAUUAGAUGUUUUAAAACAGAAAAAUAACCGAAAUUUCAGUUAAUCAGCACUAGCAAUAAAAUAUUUAUCAAAUUAAGAUCGGCCUUUAGUUGCACGGUGAGCACCUUGGCGAUGCAGACCAGGAACAUAUCCAGGAUGCUUCUCGUCGAGUGGAUCUGUAAGUGUCCCUCUACUGCCUCAUUGAUGUUAAAAACGUAUCCAUUUAUCGUAUCCAUUCAAAACCUCCAUUUAGCGUUCAAACAUUGAGUUGUUUAUGCGAUCACUUACAGUAUGUUUUAUCCAUUCAAAUAUAUACUUAACACUUGAUAUUAAGAUGUUUAGUACUUCAAUAGUACCACAGAAUGUUCUUGGAGUUAGAGUGAUCCUUAAAACUUUGAGAGACGAUGUAAUGUCCAGGAGAUUUGUGAACAGGCUGGUUCUGUACACAUUUCAUGGGAGAAAAUCACUUACCGCAAGCCCCUCAAAAUCCUAUUGGACUACCCCUUACAGAUCACAAAUUACAGGGCAGCGAUAGGUCUACCACAGUACACCAAAACGUUUGAUUGGUUGACCACCAUGUAUACCACAAAUUACAGGGCAAUUGAAGUGUAGACAUUGGAGUAGUUUGUCUCUUAUUUAUUCAAUGCACUGAAUUUCCAUACUGCCUCAAAUACAUUAGUCAACAGCAUAGAGGAAGUAAAAGCUUUGAGUUUAUAUAGGAUCAACAGGCUUGGGUCAUGGGACUGGUGUACUAUAGUUCCACCAUGGUUUACAAAAUGAAAGCAUGAUAUCUAAAUCAGUUCCUACCUUCUGCUGCUCAUUGACCACAUCUAUGCUUAUCUCCUGACAGAAAAAGCCCCUUUCUGCCGUAAUAAAGGAGGUUUGUGAUGGGUAAGUGUGGGUGUGUUCAUGUUAUGUGAAUGUUCAUGUUUAAAAAGCGCUUUCUUUUUGGUCACAAGCUGCCCUUGUGGAGUUUAAGCAACUACUUUGUCCUCUUGCAGUAGUUACAGUGGCUAUGAUGACUGUGUUUAAGGUGGAAUCUUCCAGGCCCUGAUAACUACGCCCUCCAGUAUGCUGACGGUGUUCAGACCUACAUCACUGAAUCUGUGAGUUGAUUCUCUUUCUUUUCUGUGAGCAUGGAAGCUGUGUGUGAACAAACAGCUCUCUGGCUGUCCAGUGUGUAGCUUCUAUACUGUAACUUGAUGGGAGAGGAUGUCACUGUCAUGCCAGUGAUGUCUGAAAUGUCACCAACGCCAGUGCCCUGGGUGGGGGUAGCUGUUGGAGCUAAACUAAGCUGGUGACCUUUGGAGAGGUCAAACACACACCUCGACCAGGGGGCAUGCUGUGGCUGUGUUCAUUGUUAUUUCACUGGGUGUGUGAUAAGCAUGGGUAAUAGGAGCUGGAUGCUGGUUGGCACUAUUAGGGGUAUGAGUGUGUUUGUGUGUGUGUGUGUGUUUAGCCUGAAGACCAAAGCCCAAUUCAAACGGAAAGCGUUUUUUACGCACGUGAACGAGCAUGUACAGGCUGGAAUUAGAACGUACAGGAGUGAAUGAGAGAAAACUGAUGUGCUGCGAGAAAGCAAGCAAAUUAGAAAGCAAGUCUAUUUUUGGGUGUAUUUCCUGGGCUACUCAUUUGAAACUAAACCAACUCCUCUCUCUUUCUUUCUCUCUCUUUCUCUCUCUCUCUCUCUCGUUCUUUCUCUCUCGCUCUCUCUCUUUCUCUCUCACAUUCUCUCUCACUUCAUAAUUAUGUCCCUUAGUACAGUUUGAAAACAGUAAUCAGUCUAAGCCGUUUCUAAGUCGGUCUUUAUUGCCUGAAUGACUGUUGUCAUUGUGUCUUCUCUGUGGCCUUUGUGUUCUAGAACCGUCUGGACAUAAAGAAUGGCUGCAUUCUCCGUCUGACCAAGGCACCGGUGAGUCUGCAAACAAGAGCCUAACAAACCAACCAUGCUCUGUUCCAUACAUAAUCCCCUGUGUGUGUGUGUGUCUGCAUGCUAUGUAGGCCUAUUACAAUUGUAUUACAUUAUUGGUAUAUCUACUUAAUCUAUCCUUUGUCUGGGUUUUUAUGUUUUGUGUGUUGUAGGGCUGUUGUGCCGAGGACCUCUACAAGGGCAUCCAGAGCUCAGACUCAGACAUGCGCUGUGAUUCGCUGAAACAGCUGGCCUGCGUGUCUACUGAUGUAACGUUUGCUCAGGAGUUUAUCAGCCGUGAUGGCCACUCUCUGCUGGUGAAGAUCGUAGAGGAGGCUCAAGAGUCAGUUCCCUUCUCUGUGUGUCUGUCUGUCUCUCUCCUAUAUGUCAAUGAGUCUUUGUCUCAGUUUGUCUUAUUUUCCCAAUAACAUAUUUUCGUGCAUAUUUUUCCUUCACUCUCUCAACAACUAACCUUAUAUAGUAGUGGGGGGGUGUGGGAAGUGCAGUGCAUAUAUUUGCACUGGCUGCAGUGGAAUGCUGUGCUUUGAUAGAUGCUGGUACAGAGAUGAGGUGAUUACAUCACAUGUGGGAACACAUUCCUAGGUGAAGUAUGGGCUGAGUCUGGCCUUUUCCUCACACUGUUAGCAUAGUUACUAUGGAGGAAUUCAAGGAAGCUGUAGUUGGGUUCUUUAGUUGCAUUAUAUGAGUCAUAAAAGGACAUCGAGUUGGUAUGGAGAAUUGGCUGUGAAGAAUUUGCAGCUUUGUGUUGCAUAGCUAGUGAUGGGGUUAAGAUUUUUAUCAAAGUCCUCAUGGGAUGGGGUGAUCCAAGUAUAUGAGCCUGAUGUCAUGCUUUUGAAGAUGUACUGUCAUGCCUUGUUUAGAAAACACAUAUUUCCAUGAAUCAAUUAUACCACUUGAAUCCCAGUGGAGGCAUGAAACACAUUCAUACCAAACAUGGGAAAAGGUUUCAGCCUGGGAUGCUUUAGUCUGGUUUAGUCUUCUACUUGGCACCUAGAACCCAAUCAGCGUAAAUGCUCAGUGGUGUCUGGUUUUCUAUGUCAAGAUUGUAUUCGCUGAUGUUAUAAUAUUCUGUUCUGAUAUCAGAGUUGUGUGUGUUCUGUGUUUGUUUAUAAGGGCCCCUCUGAUCAUGACCUACACACUGACAGGCUUCAUGGAGCUGAUGGAUCAUGGGAUUGUAUCAUGGGAGAACCUCUCUGCUGUCUUCAUCAAGAAGGUAGGUUCCUCAACUAUUGGCUCCUAUAGACUAAGUGGAGGACGAUAUAUAAAGAAAUGUCAGGAGUAAGGAAUUAAACAAUACAUUUAGGGUCGGUUUCCAGGACAUAGAUUAAGCCUAGUCCUGGACUAAAAGGGGCUUUCAAUUAAGAUAAUCUUCUGAGAGUGAUUUUAAAGCCAGGACUAGGCUUAAUUUGUGUCUGGAAACCGGACCCAUAAUGUUCAUGGGUGUAAUCUUCGACCUUGAAGAAAUGUCUGUAGGAGCUCUGGUGACCACUAGUCAUGCAUAGUUUCAACCUAUUAUAUUCCCAUUUUAUCCCACUUCAUUCCCGCGCUACUCCUCCCUGUAUCUACAGUUGAAGUCGGAAGUUUACAUACACCUUAGCCAAAUACAUUUAAACUCAGUUUUUCACAAUUCCUGACAUUUAAUCCUAGUAAAAAUGCCCUUUCUUAGGUCAGUUAGGAUCACCACUUUAUUUUAAGAAUGUGAAAUGUCAGAAUAAUAGUAGAGAGUGAUUUAUUUCAGCUUUUAUUUCUUUCAUCACAUUCCCAGUGUGUCAGAAGUUUACAUACACUCAAUUAGUAUUUGUUAGCAAUGCCUUUAAAUUGUUUCGGGUAGCCUUCCACAAGCUUCCCACAAUAAGUUGGGUGAAUUUUGGCCCAUUCCUCCUGACAGAGCUGGUGUAACUGAGUCAGGUUUGUAGGCCUCCUUGCUCGCACAUGCUUUUUCAGUUCUGCCCACACAUUUUCUAUAGGAUUGAGGUCAGGGCUUUGUGAUGGCCACUCCAAUACCUUGACUUUGUUGUCCUUAUGCCAUUUUGCCACAACUUUGGAAGUAUGCUUGGGGUCAUUGUCCAUUUGGAAGACCCAUUUGCGACCAAGCUUUAACUUCCUGAGUGAUGUCUUGAGAUGUUGCUUCAAUAUAUCCACAUAAUUUUCCUUCCUCAUGAUGCCAUCUAUUUUGUGAAGUGCACCAGUCCCUCCUUCAGCAAAGCACCCCCACAUCAUGAUGCUGCCACCCCCGUGCUUCACGGUUGGGAUGGUGUUCUUCGGCUUGCAAGCAAGGAAGCAACCAAACAGUUCCAUUUCUGUUUCAUCAGACCAGAGGACAUUUCUCCAAAGUACGAUCUUUGUCCCCAUGUGCAGUUGCAAACUGUAGUCUGGCUUUUUUAUGGCGGUUUUGGAGUAGUGGCUUCUUCAUUGCUGAGUGGCCUUUCAGGUUAUGUCGAUAUAGGACUCGUUUUACUGUGGAUAUAGAUAAUGUUGUACCUGUUUCCUCCAGCAUCUUCACAAGGUCAUUUGCUGUUGUUCUGGGAUUGAUUUGCACUUUUCACACGAAAGUACGUUCAUCUCUAGGAGACAGAAUGCGUCUCCUUCCUGAGCGGUAUGACGGCUGCGUGGUCCCAUGGUGUUUAUACUUGCGUACUAUUGUUUGUACAGAUGAACGUGGUACAUUCAGGCGUUUGGAAAUUGCUCCCAAGGAUGAACCAGACUUGUAGAGGUCUACAAUUUCUUUUCUGAGGUCUUGGCUGAUUUCUUUUGAUUUUCCCAUGAUGUCAAGCAAAGAGGCACUGAGUUUGAAGGUAGGCCUUGAAAUACAUCCACAGGUACACCUCCAAUUGACUCAAAUGAUGUCAAUUAGCCUAUCAGAAGCUUCUAAAGCCAUGACAUCAUUUUCUGGAAUUUUCCAAGCUGUUUAAAGGCACAGUCAACUUAGUGUAUGUAAACUUCUGACCCACUGGAAUUGUGAUACAGUGAAUUAUAAGUGAAAUAAUCUGUCUGUAAACAAUUGUUGGAAAAAUUACUUGUGACAUGCACAAAGUAGAUGUCCUAACCGACUUGCCAAAACUUCAGUUUGUUAACAAGAAAUUUGUGGAGUGGUUGAAAAACGAGUUUUAAUGACUCCAACCUAAGUGUAUGUAAACUUCAGACUUCAACUGUAUCUCACCCUGUAUCCUGUGUCUGACUCCUUGUACCUGUCAGAUUGCCAGCUUCGUCAAUGCCAUGGUGCUGGAUGUGUCUAUCCAGCAGGUGUCCCUGGCCAUCCUGGAGAGCAUGGUGCUGAGCAGCAGCAGCCUCUUCCAGCAGGUCAAGCAGGAAGUCACUUUAGAGAGACUGCUCUCACAUCUACAGGUGUAAGUGGGUAGCAGGUGGGAACAAACAACCCGCAAUACCUCCAAUGAAUGAGCGCGCUUAUACUGUACAUGCUUAAAAACAUAGAGACCCCAUCUCGAAAUACUUUUACAGUUGAAUGUAGCUCUGAAAAAUGCAAUGUUAAGCUUGCCCAGUGUCUGACGUCUACUGUUCAUCUAAAAAACACAUACACAUACUACUCUCUCCCAUCACUCAUACGCCCACCCAUACUCUCUUUAUUCCAGGACAAACCAGCAGAUUCAAACCAAAGCCAUGGCCCUCCUCAUGGCUCUGCUACAGACAGCUGGAGAUGCAGACAGACAGGUACCAAUGGGAUCUCUUUCUUUCUUUCUCUCUCUCUCUUUCUUCUUUCCCUCGCCUGCCCUGGUUUCCAGAGGGAGGUGCAAGUCACUUUAAUCAGUUUAACUGGCCUGAGUGAGUCUGUUCAAAACAAAAAGGUUUUGGACUGAUUUAUGUGACCAUUAUGUCACUGCCACUGGGGGCAAAGUCCUGAUGUGUCCCUCCCCCUGACCUGAUUUGUGACCGCAUAGCUUUUACUGCCUCCUUGUGGGGAAGUAGUGUCACUGCAUUUCAUUAUUAAUAACUGAUGGUACUAGUGGUAAUUAUCAGGUAAUAACACACACUAUUGCUUUUCAGGAGUUGUUUGUCUUCCUAGGGAAGAAGAAUCUUCGACAGUACAUCUAUAAGGUACCAUCUUGAAUGUUCCAAGAUUGAGGUACAAUGAUACCUGACUGUCACUGCUCCCAGUAGAAUAUCAAAAUAGGGAAAAUGCAAUUGUUGUUGUAGCAGAAAUUGUUUUUGUUUUUUAGUCUUCUUUCAGUCAUUUUAUCCAUAGUAAAUACUGCUCUGUCUUGAACCUGUGGCUCGUGGUUUGUUGUGACCCACAGAACAUCAUCCAUAGUUCUGCCUCCGUGGGGGAUGAGAUGGCCCACUACCUGUACGUCCUCCAGUCUGUCACUCUGAACCACCUGGAGCCUCGCAUGAGAAUGCCCCUGGACUCCUACAACCAGGUGAGUUAGAUGAUCCCCCUAACCACAGCAAACCACUGUCUCUUCCCACUCCAGGAGAGAGGAGCUUUGUGAGAAGUGCUGAAUAAGUAUCCUUGAAAUCCACUUAGAGUAUAUACUCUUUCUCAUUACCUCUUUGUCUCCAUCUACUGUUAUCGGUCCAUCCCUCUCCUCCUCUCCUUCCUCCCCCUUCCUCCUCCAGGACCAGAGGGAGAUUCUACACGGCCUGCGGCAGGCUGCCUUUGAGAUGGAGAGUGAGAACAGCUUGAGUCAUGAGCGACGACGCUCUCUCUGCGCCAAGGAGUUCCAGAAGCUGGGCUUCUCUGUGAGUCUACUCCAUGAGAUUCUACUUACCACCACCUCAUUCAGUCCCCCUCACUGGGCCUCUGUGUCUCUUCACUCACCUCGUCUCUCACUUACUGUCAACAAUCAGCUGUUACUUUCAACAGAGUCCUAUUCUCAUCUAUACCAACCAUUGCUGGUUGAUAUAAUGGUCCCUCUAUCAGAUGUUGUGAUUCCACUCUUAUCACUUACUUACAGUUACUAAACUUGUCUGAGACUUAUUCUUAUCUAUACCAUUCUUCAUUGUCUCCCACCAUACACAGAGUGUGUUUUAUCACUGUUCUGUCCUCUCUCUCUCCAGAACAACAGUAACCCAGGUCAGGACCUGCUCCGGGCACCUCCUGGCCUGCUGGCCCUGGACACCAUGGCCCACUUCGCCUCCCGCUACCCCGAUGCCUACAGCAGGGUGAAAAGAGGGAGAGAAAAGGAAGAGAAAGGAUGGGAACGGAGGGUGGGAGGGAGUUAAAGGGACAAACAUGGGUCUUUGUUAGGGUGCAGGUUAAGUAUGUGUGUCAUCCUCAGACAAUUUCUCUCUCUCUCUCUCUCUCUCUCUCUCUCUCUCUCUCUCUCUCUCUCUCUCUCUCUCUCUCUCUCUCUCUCUCUCUCUCUCUCUCUCUCUCUGUGUGUGUGUGUCUCUUAGUUUGUUCUGGAGAACAGCAGUAGGGAGGAUAAGCACGAAUGUCCAUUCGCCCGCAGCAGCAUCCAGCUGACUCUCAUCCUGUGUGAGAUCCUACGCAUCGGAGAGCCCCGUAAGUCAGCCUGAGCUAGUUCAUGUGGUCCUACAUGUACAGUGCAUUCAGAAAGUAUUCAGACCCCUUCCCUUUUUCCACAUUUUGUUACAUUACAGCCUUAUUUUAAAAUGGAUUAAAUAACAUUUUUCCCUCAUCAAUCUACACCCAAUACCCCAUAAUGACAAUGCAAAAACAGUUUUUAUUUUAAUUUUAGCAAAUGUAUUAAAGAUAAACAACUGAAAUAUCACAUUUACAUAAGUAUUCAGACCUUUUACUCAGUACUUUGUUGAAGCACCUUUGGCAGCGACUACAGCCUCGUCUUCUUGGGUAUGACGCUACAAGCUUGGCACACCUGUAUUUGGGGAGUUUCUCCCAUUCUUCUCUGCAGAACCAAAAACCAAGCCAUGGGGUCGAAGGAAUUGUCCGUAGAGCUCUGAGACAAGAUUGUGUCGGCACAGAUCUGGGGAAGGGUACCAAAAAAUGUCUGCAGCAUUGAAGGUCCCCAAGAAUGCAGUGGCCUCCAUCAUUCUUAAAUGGAAGAAGUUUGGAACCACCAAGACUCUUUCUAGAGCUGGCCGCCCGGCCAAACUGAGCAAUCGGGGGAGAAGGGCCUUGGUCAGGGCUCCAGAGUUCCUCUGUGGAGAUGAGAGAACCUUCCAGAAGGACAACCAUCUCUGCAGCACAGUACCACCAAUCAGGCCUUUAUGGUAGAGUGGCCAGACGGAAGCCACUCCUCAGUAAAAGGCACAUGACAGCCUGCUUGGAGUUUUCCAAAAGGCACCUAAAGGACUCUCAGACCAUGAAACCAAGAUUGAACUCUUUGGCCUGAAUGCCAACCGUCACGUCUGGAAGAAACCUGGCACCAUCCCUACGGUGAAGCAUGGUGGUUGUAGCAUCAUGCUGUGGGGAUGUUUUUCAGCAGCAGGGACUGGGAGGCUAGCCAGGAUUGAGGGAAAGAUGAACAGAGCAAAGUAUAGAGAGUUCCUUGAUGAAAACUUGCUCCAGAGCGCUCAGGUUCACCUUCCAACAGGACAACAACCCUAAGCACACAGCCAAGACAACGCAGGAGUGGCUUCAGGACAAGUCUCUGAAUGUCCUUGAGUGGCCCAGCCAGAGCCUGGACUUGAAUCCGAUCGAACAUCUCUGGAGAGACCUGAAAAUAGCUGUGCAGCGACGCUCCCCAUCCAACCUGACAGAGCUUGAGAGGAUCUGCAGAGAAGAAUGGGAGAAACUCCCCAAAUACAGGUGUGCCAUGCUUGUAGCGUCAUACCCAAGAAGACUCAAGGCUGUAAUCACUGCCAAAGGUGCUUCAACAAAGUACUGAGGAAAGGGUCUGAAUACUUAUGUAAAUGUGAUAUUUCAGUUUUAAAUUUUUCAUAAAUUUGCAAAAAUCUCUAAAAACCUGUUUUUGCUUAGUCAUUAUGGGGUAUUGUGUGUAGAUUGAUUAAAUAAAAAACAACUUAAUCCAUUUUAGAAUAAGGCUGUAACGUAACAAAAUGUGGAAAAAGACAAGGGGUCUGAAUACUUCCGAAUGCGCUGUAUAUAAGCCAGGUCAUGCUUUUUUUGUCCACUGAUGUCAUGCACGUUUUUCUAAUGACUUUCAGCUGUUUGUGUCUAUAUGCUGGUGUGAGUUCACACAGUAUGGAUACAGCUGUACAUGUGUGCUUUGUGUCUGUACUGGAUACAUACAGAUGUAGGAUCUAUGUUAAUUUGAGCCAGUUUGCUACAGCAAGAAAAUAAUCCUACAGCAACAGGAAAUGUGAAUUAUUAUGUGGAUUAUAAUUCAUGGACAUUUUGUAGGUGUUGAUACAUUUUUCACAAGGGAAAAUCAAGUCUGAAAUUUCACAGUGGAAAUUACAAACUUCAGAAGCCUUUUUAAACCUCCAAUACACUACAAGUUUCAAAUGUCCUGCAUUGCAGGAAAGUUCUCCUGCAACAGGGUGAUCAAAUUAAGAUAAUACAUCUGUUUGUAUGUACUGUGUAUGUGUACAGUGUGUGUGCAUACUACUGUAGAAAAGUAUACUAUUGGUAUGUAGGCAUAUUUGGGUCAUUGUGUUCCUCUCUCUCUGCCCUAGCCUCAGAGACAGGUUCAGACUAUCACAGGUCUCAUAGUGCUCCUGUCUCUCUCUCCCCCCUAGAGACAGGCUCAGGUCUCAUAGUGCUUCUCUCUCUCUCUCUCUCUCUCUCUCUCUCACUCACCAGCCUCAGAGACAGGUUCAGACUACCACCCCAUCUUCUUCUCUCAGGACCAGCUGCUGGACGAGCUCUUCUGCAUCUGCAUCCAGCUGCUCAAUAAGACCUGGAAGGAGAUGAGAGCCACGCAGGAGGACUUUCACAAGGUAACACAACCCACACCUCAAUGUCACUCUAUAUCUCACUCUUUCUCCAUGUCUAAAUCCCACCCCAUGUCUCAGCAUCACGUCUAUCUCACUCUAACUCACCCUUUUCCCAUACUGAACUCUAAUGUAUGAGUACAAGAAACAGUCUCUUACUAUUUGAAACAAAGUAGUUGAAGGGUACAGGGAGCAUAUCUACAGGUAGCUAGCAGGUAGACUACCUGACUAAAAGUAUGUGGACACCUGCUCGUCGGACAUCUCAUUCCAAAAUCGUGGGCAUUAAUAUGGAGUUGGUCCCCCUUUGCUGCUAUAACAGCCUCCACUCUUCUGGGAAGGCUUUCCACUAGAUAUUGGAACAUUGCUGCAGGGACUUGCUUCCAUUCAGCCACAAGAGCAUUAGUGAGGUCGGGCACUGAUGUUGGGCAAUUAGGCCUGGCUCGUAAUCGGCGUUCCAAUUCAUCCCAAAGGUGUUCGAUUGGGUUGAGGUCAGGGCUCUGUGCAGACCAGUCAAGUUCUUACACACCGAUCUCGACAGACCAUUUCUGUAUGGACUUCGCUUUGUGCACAGUCAUGCAUUGUCAUGCUGAAACAGGAAAGGGCCUUCCCCAAACUGUUUCCACAAAGUUGGAAGCACAGAAUCGUCUAGAAUGUCAUUGUAUGCUGUAGCGUUAAGAUUUCCCUUCACUGGAACUAAGGGGCCUAGCCUGAACCAUGAAAAGCAGCCCCAGACCAUUAUUACUCCUCCACCAAACUUUACAGUUGGCACUAUGCAUUUGUGCACGUAGCGUUCUCCUGGCGUCCGCCAAACCCAGAUUUGUUCGUUGGACUGCCAGAUGGUGAAACGUGAUUCUUCAUUCCUGAGAACGCAUUUCCACUGCUCCAGAGUCCAAUGGUGGUGAGCUUUACACCACUCCAGCCGACACUUGGCAUUACGCAUUGGUGAUCUUAGGCUUGUGUUUGGCUGCUCAGCCAUGGAAACCCAUUUCAUGAAGCUCCCAAUGAACAGUUCUUGUGCUAAUGUUGUUUCUAGAGGCAGUUUGGAACUCGCUAGUGAGUGUUGCAACCGAGGACAGACGAUUUUUACUAGCUAUGCGCUUCAGCACUCAGCAGUCCCUUUCUGUAAGCUUGUGUGGCCUACCACUUCGCGGCUGAGCCGUUGUUGCUCCUAGGCGUUUCCACGUCACAAUAACAGCACCUACAGUUGACCGGGACAGCUUUAGCAGGGCACACAUUUGACGAACUGACUUGUUGGAAAGGUGGCAUCCUAUGACGGUGCCACGUUGAAAGUCACUGAGCUCUUCAGUAAGGCCAUUAUACUGCCAAUGUUUGUCUAUGGAGAUUGCAAGGCUGUGUGCUCAAUUUUAUACACCUUUCAGCAACGGGUGUGGCUGAAAAGCCGAAUCCACUAAUUUGAAGGGGUGUCCACUUAAUUUUGUGUGUAUAUAUAGUGUAUGUUGUAUAUCAUGUCCAAGCGUGUUGCAGUGUAUCGUCUGAUAGAUGGUCUAUUUGUUUACAUUGCCAACCAUGGAGCGGCAAAGUGGUAAUCUAAUUUAGAAAAUCUGACAUCAAAGCACUGCAUGGCAUCCAGAGUGGAAUGGCAUUUACCUGCUUGCACUACACUGAAAACAGUAACAAGCGCUCUGUGUCCUGUGAGCCACCAUGGAAGCAUAGUAUCCAAGCACAGUAUGCAGGAUAAUACCAUCCAGCUGCAUCUGCCACAGCCACACAGAGGAUGAAACACAGAGUUUAAUCUAUAGAGGGCUGUGGGAGAUAACCAGCUGGGGUAUAAUUAAUCAGUUGUAAUCGUUAGAACAGGACAUUGAUUAGUCAUCCAGAAUGGCCACCACAAUGGAAUAUCGACUGGCUGCUAAAUGUAUAGAUACCGUGCUAGGGAAAUGUAGGCAAGACUGCUGGAUGGACCCAAUCCAGGCUAUCUCCUUUCUAAUGUUAACUACACUGGACUCCCUCAGACAGAACUAUUUAUGAAUACCCAACAACAACACCAAAACCACACAACAGGCCCAUGUUUUACAAAGUGCUCUCUAGUCAUAAACCCUUAACCUUUUGACCUUUUGGGUUGGAGCAAGUGUCCAGCCAGCAGGCCCCUUCAUUGUGUUGCGCCCUCUGCUGCCUCCCACAAUCCCGUGGAGCAGGGACAAUGGGGCAUUAGAAGCACAAAGAGAAUCCCACUCCAUAGCAGAAUCAGAGCGAGGGAGAAAGGCCCUUCACAAUCAAUUGGUUCCAUCAGCAGUAAUUACACAAGAUAAAAACCUCUGGACGCUGACAAUGGAGAGAUGGACAGUGGUCAGCCAUGUAAAAAAGAGAGAGAGAGUGCGGAAGGGGGGGUGCAAAGCAAAGGCAUCUCCCUAUGUGUAUUUCUUAUCUCCUCUUUUAGAUUUGUUCAUCCUUGAGUCAGUUAGGUCUGAUGAGAAAUGUUAAGGGGAUGAAUGCAGAGUACUGGUGCUGAGAGAACGUGUCAUUUACUGCUUGAAGAGUGAGGGGUAUCUGUCUCCACUAUGCCUGUCUCACAGAAGAUUCAACACCUUAGUCAGACUGUCAACAACCCAUAAUGAGAUUCUACACUCUUAGAGAAAAAUGUGCUCUCUAGAACCAAAAUAGUUAUUCGGCUGUCCCCAUAGGAUAACCCUUUGAAUAACCCCUUUUGGUUCCAGGUAAACCCUUUUUUCUGAGAGUGUAUAUUUGGCGUUUACUACCUCAUCCUCUACCUCUGUUGCAGUCUCUGUUUCUCUCUACUCAUUCGAUCACAAACCAUGUCUCUCCCUCUCUUUCUCUCUCUCUCCCUCUUCCCUCCAAUAAACCCCUAACUGUGCUGUCGAUUUCAGCCGUUAAUCACUCCUGGCAACACGCUGCUGCCAGCUGGGGGCCUCCAACUAGGGCUAUGUGUGUGUAUGUGUGAGACCCCCCUCACACACUUUCCCUCCAAUAACAGUCAUCCUCCACACACACACACACACACACACACACACACAUUGCUGGGUUGUGAGGGAACAGAGACAGCUGCUCCUCACUAUGGCUGAGGUAACAGUCUCCUGUACUGGGGUUCUCCUCUUUCUAUUGGUUAAACCAGAGGAGUGACGGCAGGGGAGAGAGGGGGCGGACGCGGGUGUGUGUGACUGUCAGGGUGUCUGUUUACAAAAUAACCUAUUCUCUGGACUGCUGAUGCCAUAAAGGUGAUACUCUCUCAUCCCCCUCUACUGUUUCUCUCCUCUCAUAGCUCUCUUUCUUUCUCUCUCUUUCUUUCUCUCUCUCUUGACUGUGGAACUAACAUUAUUGGCCUCUGGCUUGUACUUGAAGGACACAUGGAGGUGAGAUACUCUAUUUUUGUUAAUUUGUCAUUUGUAUGUGGUCUUUACACAGUAUGUGAAUAAUGUUGUUACACAGGAUGACGCUUGGGGGCAUUUAAGCGAGGUGUCACUGAAAGCUUUGUUUUGUUCAAGUAUUUUUCAGAAUAUACAAUUACUGUCUCAAUUUUAGUUACAGUUUUAGUGCCAUUCUCCUUGGAUGUGUUGUAGUAAAUAUUUUUUUCUGCCUACGUGGAUUAAUACAUGUAUAUUACAUGGCUAUUACGUAUUAGUACGGUUUUGAAGGCUUCUUUAGAAUUAUUUGAUUACUAUAAAGUGCUGUGUAAUGUAGUUGCUGUUUUGUAGUAUAUCAAUGUCCAAUUCUGUGUUUUAAUAUAGAAUAUUUGUUUAGCGGUCACUGGUUGUACAGUUUUUAGUAAUAUGUACAGUAUGUUUAAAAACGUACCUGUUAAUCCUCAUUGAUUGAAGAGGUGAAUUAUUCCUUCCUGCUGCAUCAGGAGGGUUGGCAAGCCAGGUCCGCGGUCUGAAGUGCAACUUUUCCUGUGUGGUGGGUUAUGCCAAGCUGGCCAAAUCCCAGGAGGAUAUGAAUGUUCCCUGGGGUUAUUUCUGGUUUAUGCAGGGUUCUGCACUAUUAAUUGAAGUGUGUGUAUAUCUGAAUUGUCAAUGUGAUUUCCUGAAUAUGGUGAUUGAUAAUUUCAUUUGUGUAUUUAUGCCAUUCAUUUGUUAUUGGUUGUAAUGGUAUGGUCCAUGCAGAAGUAUCCCAGGUACCAUACUUAAGUCUUGGGCAGAGAGGGGACAGGUUGCUACAUGGUUGCGGACAGGUAUUAUUGAGGCCUGGUGUUUAUUGAGCUCAACCUUGAUAUAUUUUCAGUUUACCAAUUUUUACAUUUGAGUCAUUUAGCAGACACUCUUAUCCAGAGCGACUUACAGUUAGUGAGUGCAUACAUAAAAAAAUUAAUAAAAAUCAUACUGGCCCCCCAUGGGAAUCGAACCCACAACCCUGGCAUUGCAAACGCCAUGCUCUACCAACUGAGCAUGUUUAUUUUGUUUGUACAUAGGUGUACAUAGUUUUGGUGCCUCUUCUCCACUAAUAAAAGCCCACCCCUGGGCACUGCACUGGGUCCAUUUGUCUGCCUCCUCACUGAAACCUCCACCGCUAGGGCAGUCUCUGUUACUCUGAGACGCGAACACACUCACACCCUUUAAACCCCCUCUGCUCCUUUGAGACCCCUCUUUCAAGUCACUGAUAUCUCUUCUUCUAGCCAUGGUAGCCAAAAUAAUGUGCAACUGGACAUUUUUAUACAUGACACUAAGCAUGAUGGGAUGUUUGAAUUGCUUUAUUAACUCAGGAACCACACCUGUGUGGAAGCACCUGCUUUCAAUAUACUUUGUAUCCCCCAUUUACUCAAGUGUUUUCUUUAUUCUGGCAGUUACCUGUAUUUUGUUAUGUUUUGCAUUCUAUUACCUCUAAUUUCUUUUGAGGCUUGAUUAUUUUAGAUUUAACAUCAGCACAGAGGCAUUGGGAUGAAUUGGUCCAAAUAUACUUUCUGCUGGUAAAUACAACUGUGCCUGAUGCGUGCUGCAUGCACAGCAGAUACUACUUACUCCAUAGAGGGCUCCAUUGCUAAACAUUGUUUGCGCCAUACUUCUUGUUCCAUAGAUACUGGGCUCUCCAUGGAUACUCUGUAAUUCAUGGUUAUUGUGUGCUCAACAAAUCUGUACAUGCAGUAUCAUUUCAUGAAAGUGCUGCUGUACUUUGGAGGGGGUAUGGGGUUACCAUGAUGCACAAAAAAAAUGACAUUCCCAUGGCGACGGCUGAUUUGCUGUCAAGAGCAGUGUCAUUGAGAGACAUUCAGAGUAUGGACACACUGAGACGGAGAGAGAUAAAGGGAGAGAGACCGAAGGGAGGAAAGUGUGAGUGGGGGUUGAUCGAAUUGUGUUGGGUUUGGUGUGUUCUCAUAGAUUUCUGUGAUGGAUUUUGAAACUGUGGCCAAAGCUGGUAGAGAGAAACAUAGAUUUUCCUCUCUCACAUGCACGCACGCACAUGCACCCUUCCGCGUUUCCUCUCUCCUGUGUUUGUCAUGUGGCCUUCGCCUCAGAGAGCUCUUGUUUUGGGGUGACCGAGGUCAAGCCUUGUCUGAGUGUGUAAGCGUCACUGUGCCCAGCAGUGCAAAGAGCGGGAACAGUCUGCUUUCUCUCAACUCAAACCCACAUUCACACAAUAGCUAUCUACUGAAAUAUAUGAAAACAUAUACAGUACAUACACUAAGAUAUACUGUAUACUUUAAUAUAACUCAAUGGUUCCCAAACUUGUUUGCAUUGUGACCCACCUAAGGGCUUUUGAAUUGUCUUAUAACCCACCAGAGAAACCAUGUCUACAGUCAUAACAUAGCUGGUGUGUUUUCUCUUUAAAUAAUCAAUGUUGACUGACUCUGUCCAUCUGUAGGUAAUGCAGGUUGUGCGUGAGCAGAUCACCAGGACGCUGUCCAGUAAGCCCACGUCUCUGGAGCUGUUUAAGAAUAAGGUGAAUGCCCUGAACUACAGUGAGAUCCUCAAACUACGCCAGACGGAGCGGUUGCACCAAGAAGAGACCCUCGCUCCGCCUGUAUUGUAAGUCCUUAAAUUGUUCAGCAGAAUAUUUUUCUUGCUCUCUCUAUGACACACACAAACCCUCGUAAGCCGGUACUUCCUCCAAUGGCCCGUAGAGGGCAGGGAUCAGCCCCUUUAGUGUGUGUGUGUGUAUAUACUUCAGCGUGUACCAUUUUGUCUCUGGUCCAGAGUAUUUUUCACCCCUAUGGAAUCAGAAUCAGUGCUGUUGCUAUCCUCUGCGUCUGCCCUGUUUGUCACCAAACAGCUUGGAAAUGUCAUGUGACCCUCCCAGUCACAGGUCCACAGCCCAUUCUACACACCCAAUUACACAUUCCCAGUCAACCAAGCAGCACUGACCUUACCUACUUGUCCUCAUCCCAUCUGGUCCAUAUCUAUUCAUAUGUCCUUGCUUUUGCAAUGCAAGUUACUGACUUAAUACGUCAAAUAAAGCUCAUUGAAUUGAAUAAUGUUGAGUGUGUUAUGGUACUUGCAGUGGGUGUGACUCUAUGUCUCUACCCCUGUCCCCUGUAGAGAGCUGAAGGAGCGACUGAAGCCAGACCUGUUGGAGCUGAUUCGCCAGCAGAGACUGAACCGCCUGUGUCAGGGAACCCUCUUCCGCAAGAUCAGCAGCCGACGCAGACAGGGUGAGACCACUCGCACCUCUGUGAGAGGGGUGGACAGGUUAAGAGCAUGCACAUUAGAAAUUGAGAGAUAUAAGUAAAGGGGGAAGCUACCAGGACAGCCCUACACAAUGAAAAAUAGGGAGACUAAUGAAGGAUGGUAGAUGAAGCCAGAUAGCUGGCCUUUCUUACAUCAUGCUGAUGAUUUGUUAUUAUUGGUCAUUUCAGAUAAGUUGUGGCACUGUCGCUUGUCGCCCAAUCACAAAGUCCUGCACUUUGGCGAUGUGGAGGACACAGAAACACCCACCAUCGAGAGUCUCCAGGAGAAGAGUGAGUUAUUACUAACAGCAAUAUACUCUUCCACUGUAGCCUUGACACUGCCUUGACCAUAGAGAUUCUAUUAAAUGAGUGUUGUAAUCCUUAAUUCUAUGGCCUCGACACUGAAAUUACAUUGGCUCUGUGUUUAAAGCUGAGGUAUGCCGGUAAACCUGCUCUUCCUCGUUUUCUCUCGCAGUUCCUGUGGCAGAUAUCAAAGCACUGCUGACAGGGAAAGACUGCCCUCACAUGAAGGAGUACAAGGGCAAACAGACCAAGGUUAGUGCACCACCAUCACUUUCUCCACCGACAACGGCCCCUGAACACUCCCUCGGCCCUAGCCCUAACUUCCUCUUUCACACUAUGUACCUGGCCCUCCAUAAACUACAUUGUGCUGUGUCCUUCUGCAGGAAGUGUUGGACCUGGCAUUCAGCAUCACAUAUGACGUGGAGGAGUACAGCCUCAACUUUAUUGCCUCAUCCAGAACAGACGUGAGUAGUGAUGUCACAGGAGCUAGUGUCUGUACUCGUUCACAUAGAUCAUUCUGUCUCUCUCUCUCACUCGCUCUCUCUGUCUAUAUCUCUAUCUCUCGUCCCUCUUAAUCUCAAUUCAACUUGGUGUGGAAAGUUAAAGCACAUACACUACCAAAGUAAACAUUAUGGUCGAAUAACAAAGAUGAUCUCUGUCUCGCUCUCAGUUCUGCCUGUGGACGGAUGGAUUGAGCGUGCUCCUGGGACGGGACAUGAGCAGUGAGUGCAUGAGGAGCGAGCUGGAGAUCCUGCUCUCUAUGGAGAUCAAGCUCCGCCUCCUGGAUCUGGAGAACGUGCCCAUCCCAGACACUGCCCCGCCGGUGCCCAAACCCCCCAGCAACUUCAACUUCUGCUACGACUUCAGCCAGGCUGAGCAGUAGGCCUGGGGCCAGGGCAUGGAAGGGCAGAGGAGUAGACCUCGGGCCUGUUCAUGAUGUAACGUUACAGAAUGCUCAGAUAGAA